CGCUGGUUGGCGGAAGUGGCUGUGUUUCCGGAAGUGACGUCACGAUGCGGCCUCCAGGAAGUGUCAUGUAAAGCCGUGACAGACCGGAAAAGGCCGCUGCCCGCCUGCUUCCCGGAUCAAGCACCGAACGGGAGGGGAAGGUGGGCUACGGACCGAGAGCCGGUAACCAUGACAACCACGAGACCCCCCCCACUAACCAUAGUAACCAUGACAACCACGAGACCCCCCCAGUAACCAUAGUAACCAUGAGAGCCCCCUCACUGCCCCCAGUAACCAUAGUAACCAUGAGAGCCCCCUCACUGCCCCCAGUAACCAUAGUAACCAUGAGAGCCCCCUCACUGCCCCCAGUAACCAUAGUAACCAUGAGAGCCCCCUCACUGCCCCCAGUAACCAUAGUAACCAUGAGAGCCCCCUCACUGCCCCCAGUAACCAUAGUAAACUACAGAGCCCCCUCACUGCCUCAGUAACCAUAGUAAAUCCCUGGCUGAGAGCCCCCCACUGCCCCCCAGUAACUAUAGUAACCAUGAGAGCCCCUCACUGCCCCCAGUAACCAUAGUAAAUCCAUGAGAGCCCCUCACCGCCCCCAAGUAGCAACCACAUAGUAACCAUGAGAGCCCCUCACUGCCCCUAGUAACCAUAGUGUCCAUGAGCCCCCCCACUGCCCCCCGUAACCAUAGCAACCAUGAGACCUCCUCACCGCCCCAGUAACCAUAGUAAAUCCAUGAGAGCCCCCUCACUGCCCCCCAGUAACCGUAGUAACCACGAGAGCCCCUCACUGCCCCCAGUAACCAUAGUAAACUACAAUGAGAGCCCCCACCGCCUCAGCAACCAUAGCAACCAUGAGAGCCCCUCACUACCCCAGUAACCAUAACCAUGAGAGCCCCUCACGCCCCCAGUAACCAUAGUAACCAUGUGAGCCCCUCACUGCCCCCAGUAACCACAGGUAACCACGAGAGUCUCCCUCACGUCCCCCCAGUAACCAUGAGAGCCCUCACUGCCCCAGUAACCAUGAGAGCCCCCUCACUGCCCCCUGUAACCAGUAACCAUGAGACCCUCACUGCCCCCAGUAACCAUGAGAGCCCCCUCACUGCCCCCAGUAACCAUAGUAACCAUGAGAGCCUCAUCACUGCCCCCAGUAACCAUAGUAACCAUGAGAGCCCCUCACUGCCCCCAGUAACCAUGAUAGCCCUCACUGCUCCCUGUAACCAUAGUAACCAUGAGAGCCCCCUCACUGCCCCCUCAGUAACCAUGAGAGCCCCCACUGCCCCCAGUAACCAUAGUAAAUCCAUGAGAGCCCCCCACUGCCCCCAGUAACCAUAGUAACCAUUAGAGCCCCUCACUGUCCCCCAGUAACCAUGAGAGCCCUCACUGCCCCAGUAACCAUGAGAGCCCCCUCACUGCCCCAGUAACCAUAGUAACCAUGAGAGCCCCCCACUGCCCCCAGUAACCAUGAGAGAGCUUCCCCUCACGCCCCCAGUAACCAUAGUAACAUGAGAGCCCCCUCACUGCCCUCCCCAGUAACCAUAGUAACCAAGUAGAGCCCCCAACUGCCCCCAAAAACUAUGAGAGCCCCUCACUGCCCCAGUAAACUAUAGUAACUUAUGAGAGCCCCUCACUGCCCCCAGUAACCAUGAGAGCCCCCUCACUGCCCCAGUAACCAUAGUAACCAUGAGAGCCCCCUCACUGCCCCCAGUAACCAUGAGAGCCCCCAGUAACCAUAGUAACCAUGAGAACCCCCUCACUGCACCCAGUGCACUUGCUGUCCUCAGUAAUCCCUUAUUGUCACCUGGGAAACUUCUUAAUAACCCCUCUCUGCCCCCCAAUAAACCAUGUGGCACUCACUGACACCCAGUAUUCUGUGAGACCACCUAAUACCCCAAUAAACAAUGAGAUCCUAUUAACACUCAUUAUGUGAGACCCUUAACAGCCCCCCAAUAAACCAUGACACUACCUGUACCACUUUACCCCUUUUACUGCCCCUCAAUUUUGUAUAAAAUACUCCCUUACUACCACAGUAAACCUAGACAUCCCUACUGCACCAUUAUCCUAGAGACCGCUCCUUACUGCCCCAGUACUAUCCUGGUACUCCAUGAGUCCAUGGUUUUAAUAAACCAUAAGAUUCCUGUUACUGAACCCCCCUUUCUGCUCAAUCAUUUGGGGGACAAUGGCUGCACACUAAUCAUUAAAUUCCACCAUUUUAAAGCCAAUAUGUUAUUUUCUAAACUGCUGUAUGGAUAAUGCAGCUGAAAGUAACUGCAAUUCACCAUGUGCCUGUGUCCAUUUAAAAUUGGACCCAUCUUUGGUCAGUGAUGUUGAUAAAGGGGUGGGGUUGGACUUCCUGGAGGUAACUUCAAGUUUGCUGAAAUGAAGCGAGGGUAAUUCCUCUGUUCUCCUGCUCUGCUGUUUUACUUGGCUUGUCCAGCUGUGGUGGAUUAUUAGCAGAAUGUACUGAAACAAUAGGCUUGGCUUUGUAAAGAAAGCUAAAAAGCAGGGCUUUUCGUGCAGCCUAGGAAGGCAUAGAAGGGGAAGACUUUCUCUCUGUUUUUCUAUGUAUUGGCUCUUUCUGUGACAGUAUAUUUUGUGACGUUGUAUUGAUACACAUACAAACUUUAAUAAGCUUUUUUUCCCCAACAGGACACCUACUGCCGCCAUCAUGCCGGCCCUUUUGGAAAGGCCCAAAUUGUCCAACACGAUGGCUCGAGCCCUUCACAGACAUGUGAUGAUGGAGCGGGAACGCAAGAGACAAGGUAAGAUGGAUGCUGUUUCUGUAUGAAGUGGAUUUUGUACAAGGCCGGUUGUAAAGGUGUUGUAAAAUACUGCUGCUUCUCUUGCUUGUAUAAGUGGUGGGGCAACCGGCGAACCUGUGUCUGACAGGGGUGGAGGGCGGCGGGGCACUCAGAAGCGGCUGGCGAACCUGUGCCUGACUAUGGUGGGGCACUCAGAGGCAGCCGGCUAACCUGUGCCUGACUGUGGUGGAGCGCUCAGAGGCAGCCGGCGAGCCUGUGCCUGACUGUGGUGGAGCGCUCAGAGGCAGCCGGCGAACCUGUGCCUGGUGGGGGGGAAGUGAUCAGAGGCAGAAGGCGAACUUUUGCCUGAUGGGUGCCGGAGGGGUGGGGCGCUCAGAGGCAGCCGGCGAACCUGUGCCUGACGGGUGCCGGGGGGUGGGGCGCUCAGAGGUAACCGGCAAACCUGUGUCUGACAGGGGUGGAGGGCGGCGGGGCACUCAGAGGCCGCCGGCGAGCCUGUGCCUGACCAUGGUGGAGCGCUCAGAGGCAACCGGCGAACCUGUGCCUGACGGAGGGGGGAGGGGCUCACAGGCAGCCUGCAGGUGCACAGUGGGAUAGUUACUUAUGUUUAUUCAAUGGGGUGAAAGACGCCUGAUUAUUGUUCAUUUGGUUGAGUAUCCUUUGUAUCUCCUCAGAGGAGGAAGAGGUUGAUAAAAUGAUGGAACAGAAGCUUCGUGAUGAGCAGGAAAGAAGGCGAAAGAAAGAGAUGGAGGAGCGGAUGUCUCUGGAAGAAACCCGAGAGCAGGUGAAUUUCAGACCAAUCAAAGUUGGAGGAGGACAUGACGGCCAUCUUGUUUUGUCCUUUUUGGUGGAUAGGUAUCAGAUUAGUAUUGACUAUACAUUCCUCACAAGGUUUAUUGUUCUAUUUUGUCUCAUUUUGCAGAUUAUGAAGCUUCAGGAGAAGCUGAAUUCUCUCCAGGAAGAAAAGCACCAACUCUUCCUGCAGCUCAAGAAAGUUCUUCACGAGGAGGAGAAGAGGAGAAGGAAAGAACAGAGGUGAGAGGGUCCGAAAAUGGUAGAAUGUUAUGUGUCCACAUCCUCUAAUCUUCUAAUAUCUGUGACUGAACUCACUGGAUGGAAAUUAUUGUCUCGCUCUCCUCUCUCUAACGGCCUCCCUUUAUAUGUAAUCACUCCCUAACGCUCCCACUGCCUCCCUUUAUAUGUAAUCACUCCCUAACGCUCGCACUGCCUGCCUUUAUAUGUAAUCACUCCCUAACGCUCCCACAGCCUGCCUUUAUAUGUAAUCACUCCCUAACGCUCCCACGGCCUCCCUUUAUAUGUAAUCACUCCCUAACGCUCCCACAGCCUGCCUUUAUAUGUAAUCACUGCCUAACGCUCCCACAGCCUGCCUUUAUAUGUAAUCACUCCCUGCCUCCCUUUAUAUGUAAUCACUCCCUAACGCUCCCACAGCCUGCCUUUAUAUGUAAUCACUCCCUAACUGCCUCCCUUUAUAUGUAAUCACUCCCUAACACUGCCUGCCUUUAUAUGUAAUCACUCCCUAACGCUCCCACUGCCUCCCUUUAUAUGUAAUCACUCCCUAACGCUCCCACUGCCUCCCUUUAUAUGUAAUCACUCCCUAACGCUCCCACUGCCUCCCUUUAUAUGUAAUCACUCCCUAACGCUCCCACGGCCUGCCUUUAUAUGUAAUCACUCCCUAACGCUCCCACUGCCUCCCUUUAUAUGUAAUCACUCCCUAACGCUCCCACAGCCUGCCUUUAUAUGUAAUCACUCCCUAACGCUCCCACAGCCUUCCUUUAUAUGUAAUCACUCCCUAACGCUCCCACAGCCUGCCUUUAUAUGUAAUCACUCCCUAACGCUCCCACAGCCUGCCUUUAUAUGUAAUCACUCCCUAACUCUCCCACUGCCUGCCUUUAUAUGUAAUCACUCCCUAACGCUCCCACUGCCUCCCUUUAUAUGUAAUCACUCCCUAACGCUCCCACUGCCUCCCUUUAUAUGUAAUCACUCCCUAACGCUCCCACUGCCUCCCAUUAUAUGUAAUCACUCCCUAACGCUCCCACUGCCUCCCUUUAUAUGUAAUCACUCCCUAACGCUCCCACUGCCUCCCUUUAUAUGUAAUCACUCCCUAACGCUCCCACAGCCUGCCUUUAUAUGUAAUCACUCCCUAACGCUCCCACAGCCUGCCUUUAUAUGUAAUCACUCCCUAACGCUCCCACUGCCUCCCUUUAUAUGUAAUCACUCCCUAACGCUCCCACAGCCUCCCUUUAUAUGUAAUCACUCCCUAAGGCUCCCACUGCCUCCCUUUAUAUGUAAUCACUCCCUAACGCUCACACGGCCUCCCUUUAUAUGUAAUCGCUCCCACUGCCUCCCUUUAUAUGUAAUCACUCCCUAACGCUCCCACUGCCUCCCUUUUAUAUGUAAUCACUCCCUAACGCUCCCACUGCCUCCCUUUUAUAUGUAAUCACUCCCUAAUGCUCCCACGGCCUCCCUUUUAUAUGUAAUCACUCCCUAAUGCUCCCACUGCCUCCCUUUUAUAUGUAAUCACUCCCUAAUGCUCCCACGGCCUCCCUUUUAUAUGUAAACACUCCCACACCCUGUCUUUAUAUGUGAUCACUGAUCACUCGCCUCUCCUUAGCGCCCCCACGGCCUGCCUUUAUAUGUAAUCACUGACCACUCGCCUAGCGCUCCCUUUAGUGGGCUGGGUGUUUGUGGGGCGGUAGUCCCAGACUCACUUGCAAGCAUUGAUCCUUUAUUUUAUUUUUUUCUGAUCCAGUGACCUUACCACCCUCACAUCAGCUGCCUAUUCACAGAAUAUGGUGAUGCAUGCUGGAACCCAUCUAAUUAACAUGCAAGGUAAGCCCGACCGACUUCAUUAAUAUGUAACACUAGCUCUUCCCUCCUUAUAAAUUUGUGAACCAUUUCAGACAUAACCUGUAACAGUGUCUGUCAAGGGUCCCUCACUUUGCUGGAAACCUUGAGUGAUUUAUAGUUGUUUCACCCAAACACUAGUAGAGACUUGGCGAAGGAUGAAUAAGAACUGGUUUAUUGAAAAUCAGGGACACUUUUAUACACACAACCCCGUGGUCCAUGGCUUGAACAAUGUAAAUCCCACCCGUGCAUCUCUGAGUCUGGGAGAUAACUAGAUCUCUAACCGGCAUGUUAAUUAUCCCGGAGCCAUUACUAUAUACCCCAAACCCUACGAAAUGACACAAACAACCCCCACAUGUCAUAUAUCCCUGAAGAGAUCUCCGCCUCCUCAGCUGUUAAAUGAGAAAAAUAUGCCUCUGCAUAGUGGCAGAGCUGUGGUUCUGUUAAAUUACCAAGAAAAAAUAAUUGCUUCCUCAUUAGGCAAGACAAACUGCAAUACAUACAGUAGGUGUAUCACAAGACAAACGGUCUACCUCAAUAUGGAAGGCGGGCUGUUCCCCCUUCCUUGGCGAUGUGCGAGGCGGGCCGCUCCCCCUUCCUUGGCGAUGUGCGAGGCGGGCCGCUCCCCCUUCCUUGGCGAUGUGCGAGGCGGGCCGCUCCCCCUUCCUUGGCGAUGUGCGAGGCGGGCCGCUCCCCCUUCCUUGGCGAUGUGCGAGGCGGGCCGCUCCCCCUACCUUGGCGUUGUGCGGCGGGCAUCCCCUUCAUGGCGAUGUCUUGGUGGGCGCUCCCAACUUCAUGGCGAUGUAAUGCGGCGGGCUGCUCCCCCCUUCGCCCAGCGAUGUGCGGCGGGCAGCUCCCCCUUUCCUUGGCGGUAAUGCGGUAGGGCCGCUCCCCUUCCUUGGCGAUAUGCGGCGGGCGCUCCCUUGGCGAUGCGGCGGGCAGCUCCCCCCUUCCUUGGCGUUGUGCGGCGCUCCCCUUCCUUGGCGUUGUCUUGGCGGGCGCUCCCCCCCCUUCCUUGUAGCUGAUGUGCGAGGCGGGCAGCUCCCGUUCCUUAGCGUGUGCGGCGGGCAGCUCCCCUUCCUUGGCGAUAUGCGAAGCGGGCCGCUCCCCUUCCUUGGCGAUGUCGGCGGGCCGCUCCCCUUCCUUAGCGAUGUGCGAGGCGGGCCGCUCCCCCUUCCUUGGCGAUGUGCGAGGCGGGCCGCUCCCCCUUCCUUGGCGAUGUGCGAGGCGGGCCGCUCCCCCUUCCUUGGCGAUGUGCGAGGCGGGCCGCUCCCCCUAGCCCAGCCUUUCUCUGAGUGUAUUCUACCACCGAGCAUAGUCUGCAAUAAGUGCAGGUAGAUCAGAGUUUUGCUAUGAAGCGCUGCAUCCAGCCUGUUCUCCCUGAUAUCCAUAUUUACAAUUUAAGCUGAACUUAAAGUGUAGCUGAAUUUUUCUUGUUCAUCUAGUUUUAAUUCUGUCCUCUUAACUUCCUUUCUCAGGCAGCCCAGGAGCUCAUUCUCGGCACAGCUCCCUCAUGGCUGAUCGUGCUAAGCAGAUGUUUGGACCUCCUGUCAUCACAGUAAGUCUCUCACUCGCUGGGCUCCUGCUCAUUCUGCGUUCUUUUGCUUUUCCACAUCGCAGCAAUGCAUAUUUUAGCUGCUAUGAAUAAUCCGUGUCCCCUUAUGUGCUAAAGAUAAGUGGCCGGUAGCAGUGGAAUUUCGUGCUCCGCCCUCUAUUUAUUUAAUCAAACUUUUAAUUGAAUUCCAAUAAACAGAAAGAUAUGUGCAACUCCAGAAAACAUGGCUCAUGGAGCCCAUUUCCAAAUUACAUCUCCAACAUGCUGGUGUUAUCCCUGCAUACGUGUUAGAGAGGAACUGAGGCGUUAAAUACCACCUCAUCCAAAUUUUAUUCGUAGCUUCAAUAUGGUCAAGACAAUGCUAGGUCAGUGGUGCAAUUCAAUUCCUUUUUCCAUUUAAUCAUGUAGGGUAAUUUAAUAGGCCUACCCGCCUCUAUCAAACUUUCGUAGCAUAAUGAUAGAAGUUUCAUCUGUUUCAAUUUACCAAAGCCACUUGUCUCCUCCUGUUAACCCUUUCACUUUUCUCUGUGUAAAACUGUUUCACUCUCAGGUGAAAAUCUAUUCCAACUGUAUAUCGUAAAACGGCCUAAUACCAUUAAAGUUGUACAGUUAGAAUAUUAGUUCGAUGCCCUUCUCUUGCCAAUUACGCAAAAAUAAAUUUUCGGAGUAAUAAGAUAAGCUCCCUAUUGGAGUUGCUGCCUUGCACUCGCUCUCUCUGUUCCUGCCUUGCUCUCGCUCUCUCUGUUCCUGCCUUGCUCUCGCUCUCUCUGUUCCUGCCUUGCUCUCGCUCGCUCUGUUCCUGCCUUGCUCUCGCUCGCUCUGUUCCUGCCUUGCUCGCGCUCGCUCUGUUCCUGCCUUGCUCGCGCUCGCUCUGUUCCUGCCUUGCUCGCGCUCGCUCUGUUCCUGCCUUGCUCGCGCUCGCUCUGUUCCUGCCUUGCUCGCGCUCGCUCUGUUCCUGCCUUGCUCGCGCUCGCUCUGUUCCUGCCUUGCUCGCGCUCGCUCUGUUCCUGCCUUGCUCUGUUCCUGCCUUGCUCUGUUCCUGCCUCUUGCCUGCCCUCGCUCUGUUCCUGCCUCGGGCGCGCCCUCGCUCUGUUCCUGCCUCGCGCGCGCCCUCGCUCUGUUCCUGCCUUGCUCGCGCUCGCUCUGUUCCUGCCUUGCUCUGUUCCUGCCUUGCUCUGUUCCUGCCUCUUGCCUGCCCUCGCUCUGUUCCUGCCUCGGGCGCGCCCUCGCUCUGUUCCUGCCUCGCGCGCGCCCUCGCUCUGUUCCUGCCUCGCGCGCGCCCUCGCUCUGUUCCUGCCUCGCGCGCGCCCUCGCUCUGUUCCAAUAAUUUAUUCUUCACAGUACGUCUUUACUUUACAUUCCAUGAUCCCCAGUUACAAACUACCCCCUGCCCCCCCCCCUCUAUCUCAUUCCAGAGCCGCCAUUACUCCUCUCAGCCAUCCUUCAGUCCAACGGCUGCCGAGCAUGGUCAGUACCAAACCAGCCAAUCCAGUCACAGUCCAUACACUGUAAGCCAACCACAGCACAGUUUUGGUGCGGGUCAGGCUGUGCCUGUGAACUAUGCUGGAAGUCAACCAAUCAGAGGUCAGUGAGCUCUUAGUACAAGCUGACUCCUUCGGAUACUCAUUCUAUCUUUUAGUUUUCUUUUUUUUUCCUCCUCUUUAGGGGCUUCUGCGUUCCAGACCAUGCAGUACCUUCCUCAUCAGCAGCCUGGGUACACUGUGCACAGCCAUUACCCCGGAGCCCACCCAGGUUUGUGGCGUUGGCCAUCUUACGGUUUGUCUCCAUGAUGGAUGGUCUCAGAUUGUAACUUUGUCUAUCUGCCUUUCUUCCUGUCAGGGUUCAUGCCGGCCAGUAGUGGGAUUCCCCUCCAGAAGCAGCUGGAACAUGCCAACCAGCAGUCUGGAUUCACGGACUCUGUGAGUAUGGUGUCAUGAAUAGCAUUGUUUUAUGGUUCUGUUAUGUCCUAUCCUAGCGCUUAGCUCCCUGUCUAUCUUUUUACAGUCCACCCUUCGUCCCAUGCACCCCCAGGCUCUCCAUCCAGCACAAACUCUCCUCCCUGCGCCACAGAUUGCCGUUCCCAUGCAACCCAGCAAGGUAAGGUCUCACCAUCUGAGUCCUGCUCCUCCCACUCCUAAAGAGGUCAACAGAGAACCUGUGUGGAUACCAUACAUUCUAGAUGUUGUCUCAUUAUUUUGGACUUGCAGUUGUUGUUUUAACCCUCGCAGCUCCCUUCCAGUUCUCAUUCUUUGUUUUACUGCCUUCAUUGUGGAGUUUAUCAUUCUGACAGGCUUGCACACCCGCAGUGUAUGGUGAUUUGGUUGCUUUUCGCAGGUGUGCGUUGCCACGGAAAUGACAAACAUUACUUCCUGUAUUUCCAUAACUGAGAAUUUGUUUCCAUCUUUUUAUCUCUUCUGAGAGAGAGUUUCUUCCUCUCGGCUGCCAGGACUCGAAAUUGCUCCCAACGUCGUACCGUGGAUCCACUUGCUUUAGUAGAAUGCAAUGAGAAGAAAAGAUCCAGAAACUGUCUAUCCCUGAUGGUGUCAGGCUCAUCGGUUCAUGGUAUUUCUGUGACGAUGAAAGACCCAUGAUCUGUAUGGUAGGAGGGAUAUCAUCCAGAUUCCUUACCUCCUAGCCUUCAUCUUUUCAGAAGUGCUUUGACAAUAUGCAAAAGACUAACUACUCCUUUGGACUUGGUGUUCUCACUUUAUUACUGGAAAGUGGUGUGAACAAUCACGGUGUGCUUGAACUGGAUCACUUGAAAUACCUGAACUUGCUAGGGGUUUGGUGAGUGUCACGUUUGAUUGUUAGGAAUAUGGGCAAGUCAAAAGAAUGGUCCACAAAGUUAAGAGAAGAGAUCAUCGCCCUGCACAAACAAAGGACAGGAUACAAAAAGAUAGCGAUGGCACUGAAUGUUCCUAGAGACACCUUUGGAAGGAUAGUUUUAAGUUCAAAGUUGAAGGAACAGCGGUUACACUACCUGGACAGGACUGAAAAAGGAUGCUAUCAAUGGCUACAACCAGAUUUCUGAGAAGGCAGGUUGUAAAAAACCUUGGAGUGACUGCAAUAGACCUGCAGCAAGACUUGGUGGCAACAGGCACAGGGUACUAAACACAGAAUGUUUCCAUGCCAGAAUUCCAAGACGUACACCACUACUGACCCAAAAGCACAUGAAAAGUCCGCUCCAAUAUGCUAAAAAUCAUAUAAAUAAGCCACUUACAUUUUGGGAUUCUGUUCUGUGGAGCGAUAAAACAAAACUGGAACAUUUUGGCCCAAUGGAUCAGCAGUAUUUGUCUGGAGGAAGACAAAUGAAGCAUAUGCCUACAGUUAAGCGUGGUGGUGGCUCGGUGAUGCUCUGGGGCUGCUUUGCAUCCUCUGGCACUGGAAGCCUUCAGCAUGUGGAAGGCAAUAUCAAUUCAUUGACGUAUCAGGAAAUCCUAGGAGAAAACGUCAUGCCGUCUGUAAGGAACCUGAAGCUUGGGAAUCACUGGACCAUCCAACAAGACAAUAAUUCCAAGGAUAGCUCAACUUCCACCAAGGCUUGGUUGUUGAAGAAGUCCCGGAGAUCCUACAGUGGCCACCACAGUCACCUGACUUGAACCCCAUAGAAAAUCUCUGGUGGGAUUUGAAGAAGACAUCAUGCAAACCCAAGAAUGUUACUGAACUGGAGGCCAUUGCUCAUGAGCAAUGGAAUAAGAUUCCUCAGGAACGCUGCCAGAACCUGGUGUCUGACUAUGCUUCUCAUUUGCAGCAAGUCAUAUCAGCAAAAGGAUGAUCUACUAAGUACUGAAGAUGGUGGCCAUGAAGGGGUUGAAUAAUUUUGAGACUGAAGAAGUCAUUAUACGUUGCACUUCAGUUGAAUUUGGGGAAAGUACUUGAAGCAUUCAUUGUGUUGAGCUAUUAUAAUUUCUUUUGUUUGAUUUGUUUAUUGCAAAAGAUUGAAAGUCUGUAAAUAUUGACAAUAAACAGAUUUUCAAUGGGGGUUGAAUCAUUUUUUUUUUUUUAUUAUUACAACUGUAUACCCCAAAACAGAUUCAUUAGGUUAGUUAUUUUGGUGCUUAGAAUGUUACUUUAAUACUGGGUUAAGGUUCGUGUAAGCAUAGGGGUGUAGGUUAGGUAUAGGGUUAGUGUAAGCAUAGGGGUUAUAGGGUGGGUUUGGUAUAGGGUUAGUGUAAGCAUAGGGGUUGUAGGUUUGGUAUAGGGUUAGUGUAAGUAUAGGGGUUUGUGACGAGACCACAUUGCAUUGGAGAAGCCUGGUUCCUCGCCUGUAGCCUUUAGACUAUGGCCCCAUGUUGAAACGCGUGAUUUUCCCCUGCGAAGACACGAUAGUGCUUGCCCUGUUUGAGCGGUGAUACCCUAGAAAGCUAUGCCAUGGAGCCCAUUUGUAUAAUGAAAGACUUUGGCUCCAUGGCAAUUGAACUGUAUGUGUGUGCUCUGAGCGCCAUUCAGUAAUAAUGUGCACUCAGAUCUGAGCUAUCUGGGGAUAUGUUGAAUGUACCUGUUUUAUGCAAUGGCUGCACAGUGUUAUGUUUUUAUGUGUUUUGUCUUUUGCUGCCAUGUGUUCAAUGGAGUUUUGCCUCUGUCCUUGGAGAUAAUUGGAUUACUUCCCAAUUAUCUCUAGGAUAGAAGACUCUGUGGAACUGGUUUUGGGCAGAAAAGCCAUGCUUCCUGUGGUCACAAAGGACUACGAUCUAUCUUUUGAACCACUGGACCAAUUUGGAUGAUUUUGACGUAUGUUUGUAUUUGGAGUAUGCAGAUUCUGGAAAUGUAAGUUUAUGUGAAUGUGAUGCAUACUUUUCAAGUUAUGAAUAAUGUGGAAAAAUUUUAUUUCUCUGCUUGUUAUAAUUACAUUACCCAUUGUGUAAGGUAAUUGAAUCACAGGCAGAGGGGAGGAUUUUGUUGGGGAGUGUCUGAGUGUAUUGUAUGUGGCUAGUAUAUGCAUAGGGGUUGUGGGUUUGGUAUAGAGUUAGUGUAAGCAUAGGGGUUAUAGGGUGGGUUUGGUAUAGGGUUAGUGUAAGCAUAGGGGUUGUGGGUUUGGUAUAGGGUUAGUGUAAGCAUAGGGGUUAUAGGGUGGGUUUGGUAUAGGGUUAGUGUAAGCAUAGGGGUUGUAGGGUGGGUUUGGUAUAGGGUUAGUGUAAGUAUAGGGUUAGUGUAAGCAUAGGGGUUGUAGGGUGGGUUUGGUAUAGGGUUAGUGUAAGCAUAGGGGUUAUAAGGUGGGUUUGGUAUAGGGUUUGUAGGGUGGGUUUGGUAUAGGGUUAGUGUAAGCAUAGAGGUUAUAGGGUGGGUUUGGUAUAGGGUUAGUUUGGUAUAGGGUUAGUGUAAGAAUAGGGGUUAUAGGGUGGGUUUGGUAUAGGGUUAGUGUAAGCAUAGGGGUUAUAGGGUGGGUUUGGUAUAGGGUUAGUGUAAGCAUAGGGGUUAUAGGGUGGGUUUGGUAUAGGGUUGGUGUAAGCAUAGGGGUUAUAGGGUGGGUUUGGUAUAGGGUUAGUGUAAGCAUAGGGGUUAUAGGGUGUGUUUGGUAUAGGGUUAGUGUAAGCAUAUUGGUUAUAGGGUGGGUUUGGUAUAGGGUUAGUGUAAGCAUAGGGGCUAUAGGGUGGGUUUGGUAUAGGGUUAGUGUAAGCAUAGGGGUUGUAGGGUGGGUUUGGUAUAGGGUUAGUGUAAGCAUAGGGGUUGUAGGGGGGGUUUGGUAUAGGGUUAGUGUAAGCAUAGGGGAGGUUGUAGAAUUGGAGUUUUGGUAUAGGGUUAGUGUAAGCAUAGAGAGGGGUUAUAGGGUGGGUUUGGUAUGGGGUUGGAAGGUAAUAGCAUAGAGGGUUUGUAGAGGUGGAGUUUUGGUAUAGGGUUAGUGUAAGCAUAGGGGUUAUAGGGUGGGUUUGGUAUAGGGUUAGUGUAAGCAUAGGGGUUAUAGGGUGGGUUUGGUAUAGGGUUAGUGUAAGCAUAGGGGUUAUAGGGUGGGUUUGGUAUAGGGUUGGUGUAAGCAUAGGGUUUGUAGGGUGGGUUUGGUAUAGGGUUAGUGUAAGCAUAGGGGUUAUAGGGUGGGUUUGGUAUAGGGUUAGUGUAAGAAUAGGGGUUAUAGGGUGGGUUUGGUAUAGGGUUAGUGUAAGCAUAGGGGUUGUAGGGUGGGUUUAGUAUAGGGUUAGUGUAAGCAUAGGGGUUAUAGGGUGGGUUUGGUAUAGGGUUAGUGUAAGCAUAGGGUUUGUAGGGUGGGUUAGUGUAAGCAUAGGGGUUAUAGGGUGGGUUUGGUAUAGGGUUAGUGUAAGAAUAGGGGUUAUAGGGUGGGUUUGGUAUAGGGUUAGUGUAAGCAUAGGGCUUGUAAGGUGCGUUUGGUAUAGGGUUAGUGUAAGCAUAGGGGUUAUAGGGUGGGUUUGGUAUAGGGUUAGUGUAAGCAUAGGGGUUAUAGGGUGGGUUUGGUAUAGGGUUAGUGUAAGCAUAGGGGUUGUAGGGUGGGUUUGGUAUAGGGUUAGUGUAAGCAUAGGGGUUAUAGGGUGGGUUUGGUAUAGGGUUAGUGUAAGCAUAGGGGUUAUAGGUUGGAGUUUGGUAUAGAGAUUUAGUGUAAGCAUAGGGGUUUGUAGGGUGGGUUUGGUAUAGGGUUAGCAGGUGUAAGCAUAGGGGUUGGCCAGGGGUGGGUUUGGUAUAUAGGGUUAGUGUAAGCAUAGGGGUUAUAAGAAUUGGGUUUGAGUAUAGGGUUAGUGUAAGCAUAGGGUUUGUAGGGUGGGUUUGGUAUAGGGUUAGUGUAAGCAUAGGGGUUAUAGGGUGGGUUUGGUAUAGGGUUAGUGUAAGAAUAGGGGUUGUAGGGUGGGUUUGGUAUAGGGUUAGUGUAAGAAUAGGGGUUGUAGGGUGGGUUUGGUAUAGGGUUAGUGUAAGCAUAGGGGUUGUAGGGUGGGUUUGGUAUAGGGUUAGUGUAAGCAUAGGGGUUGUAGGGUGGGUUUGGUAUAGGGUUAGUGUAAGCAUAGGGGUUGUAGGGUGGGUUUGGUAUAGGGUUAGUGUAAGCAUAGGGGUUAUAGGGUGGGUUUGGUAUAGGGUUAGUGUAAGCAUAGGGGUUUGUAGGGUGGGUUUGGUAUAGGGUUAGUGUUGACUACCAGUAAUGUUUUAGUAUCUAGAUAUGUGGGCCAUUUAAUAAUCUGGACUAAUAAAUUAAUUUAUUUUGAAUUAUUUUCUUUUGUUGCAAAUUAUUAGGAGCAAAAUUGUGAAAAUAUUUUUUUCUUUUUCCCCCAUUUUUAACUUUUUAUUCAUUCUUAGUUGUGCGAUUAAACUAAAAACUUAUUCUUUAGAGGGUGGACAGUUGCCUCUCUCCUAAAGGGGUUAAAGUUUUUCUCCCAAAAGAUUGCAAGCUCUGUAAGAACAAGCCAGCUCUGUAAGAACAAGCCAGCAUGUCGCCCAGACAUGCUUCAAGGGUAGUAGAAUGUAACAGAUGCCUCUGUUCAUGUGGAUUAUGGAGGGUCUUAAGACAACCUCCUCCCCAGAUUAUGGUCCAUGUCCCAGGGACCAUCCUCGCUAGUCCGGGACUAUCCAGUUACACAUGGGGACCUGUGAAUCGGAUCAGAGAAUAUUUGAACUGUGCAUUGCUUGGACUGGUGAGGAGAUUAUCUGGGGAUAUUCAAUGUCUGAGGAUUACAACUUUGGAAGGAGAACAUCUGGGGUGUGGAAUCUUAGCUCAAUCUGUACAAGGAGGAGCCAAGACUUUUUUACUUGUGGAAGACAUUGGCUCUCAUUCCAGACAGUUGGAUGGCACCCAGAAUGACAAUAUGAUUUGAUUUGUGAGUUUGAUGUUACUAUACACGUUGACCAUUUAUCUAUUAGGAGAAAAGCUGUCCUUAUUCUGUCAGACAAGAUGUUUCUGGGAGCUUUUGUUUCCGCACGUUUUGAACAGCUGGGAGGAAUCGUACGUUAUAGCUCCCCUGUGUAACAGGCAGGAAUGGAAAAUGACAGAAUGUAUGAAUAUAUUUCUUCCAUGCCUUCUUUCCCCUUUGUUCCUUUUAGGCAUCAUCUUCCCUCACUGUUUGACACCAGCACCGGGGUUCUCUUUCUUCAAUAACCAAUACUGAUUUCCAAGAACUGAUUGUAUAUCUCUUUCUUUUCACAGUCAGCCUAUCAGGCGUCCCCUCAGCAGACCCCCCGCCUGCCCUUCAUGCAGCAUGGACAAAACCAGCGCUUUUAUCACAAAUAACUGCGACAUAUGUAGAUCAUCGAGUUUUAUUGAGGCCCUAACAGGAGUCUGAAUUAUUGGAAAGGUUUCUUUUCUGGCUUUUUUCAUCCAUAAUCUCUCUUCAUAACCUUCCUUCCACAUUUGCUUAAUAAAGUCAUUGUGAUCAAUUGUAUUCCAUUUCUUGUACAAAGUAGCACACAAAAUGUUGCAGAUUGUGUUUAACUAGGUAUAAUGUGUAUUUCCU